AGAGUUUACACAGUCCAUGCCCACAGAGAUAAGUUUCUUUGAUUGCGACAUCGACCUCACCCUCAUUAUUUAUCAGCAGAAGAAUCGAAUUCACAUCUUCAUAUAAUACGAUAACAUUUCUGACCAAUUGGUUGCAGCAUAAUUGUUCUGCAUUAAGAAUGUGUGGAGGUGCUAUCAUUGCUGAUUUCUUUCCUAGAACAGGUGACAAAUUAAUCAGUGCCUUCUUGUGGCCGGAGCUUGACUUGUUCGAUUUGAGCAACAGAGAAUGUUCAUGUAUCCUUGAAAACGACGAGACGUUGCUUCGUUUCGUUAAGCGCACUCGGAUAACAUCGCAAUCUCACUGUUCUAGCCGCUCCCCCGUGAACCCACACUCCUCCCUCUCCUCCGUCAACAAACUUCACCCUCACCAACACACUGGGUGGUCUCUGAAUGCUGAAAUAUCAAACAAACGGAGGGAGAACAAUUGCAACAAUUCAGGGAAAAGGAAGCUGUGUGAUCUCAACGUGAAUCUUGCAGAUAAUUUAGAAUAUUGGUUGCCCACACUGACAAAAGGUUCGGAUGAAGAAGAUAGCGAUGAGACCUCAGAUACAAGUUCAGAUUCAAGUUUAGAUUCAAGUUCAGAUUCUGAAACGUACUCAGGCCCAUCAUGAUCUCAGUUUUUAGUGUUUCUAAAUAGUGAAAUAGUGUCCUAUUUCCACUUUGCUAUGCUGUAAUGAGCGUGUUUCAAAGUUUAAUAUGUGCAUAGUACGUAGUCAUGCUUGUAGCCCUACUGAGCCACUUCAGAACGAUGGAAACGGUUCUUCAUGUAUGCUCCGCUACUUUUUUUAAUCGAACAAAGAAAGGUCAAAGCUAAGUUUAAUGCAUAGAGAAUAAUUGAGUGUCUUUCUGGUUUUUGUAUUGGUUAAAUUCAUUGUUGGAAUAUCACUUAUCCUUUAACGUAA